AUGCAGAAUCGAGGUUGUCCACAGGGCUCCUGUGCGGGACCUGACUUAUGGACCCUCACUUUCAAUCAAAUUCUAGCUGCACAAUGGCCUGCACAUACAUCUACUUAUGCCUAUGCCGACGAUGUCGCUUUUAUUGUCCGUGGCAAAACAAGAGAAGAGCUUCAACGCCAUGCUCAAGAAACGUGCAACCUUUUUUCUACACUAUGUCUAAAUAUAAAUCUACAGAUUUCUGAAGAUAAAUCUUUUAUACUCCUGAUCCCGAAAAAGGGUGGAUCUCUGGCACGUCGACCCCGCAUCGAUAUUAAUAAUAAAAGAAUAAAGAUUGUUCGUCAGUUAAAAUACCUUGGCAUCGUCUUUGACGAUAAAUUGAACUGGGCUCAACAUCUUUUGCACAUUAAAAAGAAAACUUAUAACAUAGCAUAUAGGCUCCGACAGAUGAGUGGUUUUCAGUGGGGGCUUAACCCCCAUAUACAGAAACUUCUGUACCAAACGGUUAUUGUCCCCAUUGUGACCUAUGGGGCAGCUGUUUGGAGUCAACCAAUGCAGGGCCGUAAAGUAAGGUCUCUCCAAUCAAUCCAACGUUCUUUUCUUCUCAAUAUAUCUAAAGCCUUUCGAACGACUUCAACUAGUGCCCUACAAGUAAUAACUGGUCUUCUGCCUCUCCAUCUCCGAACGGAACAGGAGGGAGCACGACAACUACUUAAAUUGCUAAAUCAACAGGUCACCUUCUAUGGCGAACAUUAUUCUCCUGAAGAUUAUGAACGACCCUACAAUCGACUACGUCUCCAUCCAGCUGCUUAUGGACUUGGUGUUCAUGUAACAUUACGUGAAUCUACACAACUGCCUGAUGGUGAUUAUUACAUUUACACUGAUGGGUCAAAAAUAGAAGAUAAUACUGGUUGUGCUUUUGCAGUUUUUCACCAUGGCACUUUAUUGCAUCAAUGGAAAGCACAUCUCCAUGGACAUAACAGCGUGUUCCAGGGAGAGGCCUUUGCCAUCGUCAAUGCCACUAAAUAUAUUCUGGAACAUCAAAUAUUGAACUGCUGCAUUGUAACGGACAGUCAGUCGGUCUUGGCUGCUGCAAUGAAUCCUGUGCAUCCAUCAAUAAUAAUUUCGCAACUUCAAGAACUACUUCGAUUAGGUGCUCACCUUAAUAUUCAAAUGUUUUGGACACGUGCUCAUAUGGGCACAAUUGGAAAUGAACUUGCUGAUGAAUUAGCUAAGCAAGCGGCCAUGAACGAUGAUGCUAUUAAUUCUCCUUUAGCUUGGCCCAUAUCACAUUUUCUUCGGAAACUGCACCUACAGUCAGUUAUGCAAUGGCAGGUCCUCUGGGAUGCAGAGGAUACUGGCCGCAGAGCGCAUUAUCACCUGGGCUAUGUUGAUGAGACUCGUCUUCUUGCCAAUUCACAAUUGGUAAGAUAUGUCACAGGUCACGGGCCUUUUCCCGUAUAUUUUGCCCGCUUUAACAUCACAUCAACUGAUCAAUGUGUUUGUGGCCAGGCGGGUACGCCUGAGCAUUAUGUAUCCUCUUGUGAACUUACACGAGAACUGCAUAUCCCUUUUCCUGCUCAACAUCAGCAGGCUUUUAGUAAGUUUUUAAUCAAACAACGACAUCUUGUUCGGAAACUGACUGCCAUCAUGUCAAAACUUAUGCAUCUUGGUACCGACUUAUGUCAACCUGUCUAA